GAACGUCCAAGACGAAAAUUAAUGCAGCAGCAAAAAAGACCGAGAUCUUCAACACCAGGAGAGUUGAGCUUUCCUGGCACGCCACAGACUGUCGCUUCUCCGGAAUCUAAGAAAGGUAGAGGCAGACCACGCAAGACUGAUAAGGAUAAGAAGGGCUCUCUAUCACCAACGCUACCACAGAAUGAACUAGAACCUGCACAGCCACAGCAGCAGCAGAAGAAGCCAGAGGAGGACGAUGACGACGAGAUUGAGGAUGAUUGGAUGGAGGAUGACGAUUUCGAGCGUGAGAGAGUGCAGUCUAAGAAAGCGAAAGAGGAUUUAGGUGUUCUCCUCCAGCAUUUCUCAUCUGAACAAUUACAGAGAUACGAAGUCUACAGAAGAGCAGCAUUGAACAAGAACACGAUACGAAAGCUAUGUAACCAAACGUUGAAUCAGAGCGUGUCCCAGAAUGUAUCAAUCAUUGUGUCUGGUUUCUCAAAAGUAUUCGUUGGUGAGAUUGUCGAGAAAGCUCGCGAAGUACAGGAAGCUUGGGGUCAAUCCGGUCCAUUAUCAGCAGAUCAAAUACGAGAAGCUCAUAGACUGUAUCAGAAAGACAAAGGCGCCUAUCGUAAGCCAUUCGUGAGAUGAACCAAAAUGUAUUAUCUGUAAAUAUCCAUAAAUUAUAAAAGUACAACAUCAAUAAGUUAUCUAUAUGCGAAUUAUUAGUCUAGGAAUGCGUAAAAGCUUUCUCGUUUGUCAUUAUAGGUGAUGUACUAGCAUAAGAGCUUAUGAAACUCCUCCUCUUAUCAACUUGCUUAUUUGAUAGCAUGGAAACGACAUAUAUAGACACCAAUGGUGCUUGUACCAUAUUGAGAACGAAACCAAAAACACCUUUUAAUCCUUCUGACCACCAAGUGUGCGCUACAUUAUCCCUUCCACCAAUCAGUGGUGCCAUAAUCGCGAUAGAAAUUGGGAAGAUAAACAUGAAUAUGAUAACUGAGGAAACCAACCCUGAAAUGAUAGUGCAAAUCAAUGCAGAUGGUGAUGUAAUCAGCGACUUAAUGAGCCCGAUUGAUGGUAGCUUCUGCGAGCGGCGCGUGCCGGGCGGAAUAGGGAUGUGAGGUAGGAGAAAUACUCUAGGAAAUGGGAUACGCUCUAUAAAGUUUGACGGAAUAUUAAACGCGUGCCAAGGUACUCGUCUUUGGGCGUAAUAAUCCAAUGUGAGUGUAAUGCUCGUGAAUAAGUACGUCAGAGUACCCUGAAUAAAUAUUGUAACUGCCAAAUCACCACUCAAUGGACAUGGAAAAUACCACCACGAUAUUUGCUCCUGAUCUGUUGCAAUGUUAGUCAGUUUCUCCGACUGCCACAGGGUAAACUUGCCUUUAUACAUUCCCCAAGCUGGACAUACGUUAGUGUAUUUCUAGUAGAAGGUAUAUAGACCCACCAAUCACAAAGUUCACACCUCCAGUGAACAGCGACGGCAAAACAGUUUGUAUAAAUAUCAGAAAAAUCUGCGCGAUAAGUAAGCCAAAUGAGGACGAUAAUUUCUAACUUACAUCCAAUGGUCUGUUCUUCUUAUCGUUCUUAUGUACCUGUCCAAGUCUUUUCAUUGCUUCUUCCCUAUCAUGAUUCCGUUGUUCAGUACCUGCAAAUGAGACUGUACUGCUAUUCGACCGGGCAUCUAUGGGAGAUGGUUGCAGCCAAUAAUUGCUCUGCUGCUCUGUAUUUAUCUGCAUAAGAUAUGAUCGUUGAUUUAUAAAAAGAAGCCAGGCGCUCUG